AUGGCUUCUGAAGAUUCCACCACGGUUUCAAUCAAGCUUUUGAUAGACCAAGAAAGCAACAAGGUAAUUAUUGCUGAAGCUGGUAGUGACAUUGUUGAUAUUCUUCGAAGCCUGCUUAAGUUUCCUCUCGCAAACAUUGCACAACUUAUCGGCAAACAUCAAUGUUUCCAGCGAGCUGGUUGUUUGAAUAACCUAUAUAACAGCGUAGAAAACCUUAGCCCAACCAGCUUUCGUACCGGUGCAUGUAAGUCUAUGCUGCUUAAUCCUAGAAGCAUUUACGAAGACAAGUACUCGAAGAAAUUGAAGCUUAACAUGGAUGUUAGUAAUGCAGUAACAGAUGAAAGUGAGGGAGAACCAAUGUUGUUCUUCAUAACUGAUGAUUUAAGAGUAAUGCAGGCUUUGCCAGGUAAUCUUAUUAAUUUCCUUCUCAAUUUGAGUAUCUAUGAUGUUUGUCAGAUUGAAGAAAAAGUUGUGGACAUCAGUUCAAACGAGAUUUUAGUUUGA